AUGGCUGGUGUGAAGCUGUCCCUUUUUCUCCUCUUCCUCGUUGCGUUUGAGCCGCGUCAGGCUGGUCUGUCCUGUGCUGGCGUGUGUGAGAUAAAGCGCACUGGGUUCUGCCCUGGUCUGGGUGGGAUCUCUUUAAGGGGCAGUUUGCCUUGUGCCACGUGCAACACGACCGGCCAGGCCGAUGAGAAUCCGCUCGGGUGUCUCCCAGGCGAUAUGAAGAAGCUGCAAGUGGCGGGGCACUCCGACAGAAGCGGCGAGCUGAAAACACUGCCCCGCCUCGGCCAACUCCGCAAUCUGAUCCUCGGGCCUGGAAGCAUCCGUAAAACUGGAAGAGGAGCAUUCGCACCCGUGCCCAACAUUCUGGCACUAUCCAUGGAAAAGAAUGCCAUCAAAGCGGUUGGAAGCUGGUUUGGCGAGAUCGCCAAGCUAGAACGUCUCACGCUGUCAAGGAAUGAAAUCGAAGAAAUCAAGGAGAAUGCUUUCCAGCCCCUGAGACGGCUGGAGUAUCUCGACCUGAGGCACAACCGGCUUCGUGCUGUGGAAGAAUCCCACUUCUCAAGCCUGACCGGCCUCGUGUAUCUGCACCUCAGCUACAACAACAUCUCGCACAUCGCUGGGAGGGCAUUCGGCCGUCUUUCUAGGCUAAGCUCGCUCACUCUGGAUCACAACAAGAUAUCGUUCCUCAGCACCGGAUGGCUGCAGGGGUUAUCCGCUAAGAAUAUCCGCCUAAACAACAAUCCCUUCCGUUGCACCUGUGCGCUGGGCAGAGCGUCAGCGUCCCUCUUCGGCGACCGCCGCGACAAAAUGCGAUGCAGCUACCCGCCUAGCCUCUUGAGGAGAAAGAUAGCCGACGUUCCUAGGAGAGAGAUGCCGUGCCCGCCACCCACAGCCAAGGUGUCACGCCGAGACCGCGGAACCACUCUAGUGUGUGAGGUCUUCUGGGAGAAGCGACCAGAGAUCAGGUGGAUGGAUCCAGGAGGGAGGACCGUUGGAGACCGACAGGCACAAGACCAAUGUGGCGGCACCGUGACUACACGCCUGGAGCACGACUACCCCACCACCCAGUCCCCCGAAGGAGGACAAGUGCUCCCAACAGACGCCCCCAGCCUACCCUACAUCGGCAGGUCCACCUUCACCCUCCACAUGAAUCCGCAAGCCUACGGGUGCUGGACGAGGGGCAGUUACCGGUGCGUCGUGAAGUCUGCAACAACAGGCAGCGUCGUUGCAAACCUAUCGCUGAUCAAGUCGAGCGAACAAGACCCGAGGGACGACCACACCGUGACGACAGCGGCCGCCUACACCUCAACACCUGCCCAGCGGAACGCAAGGAUGACGGAAAGGGUCGCCAAAACCCCGGACAAGAACCCCCGGCAGGAUGGCAUUACUCCGGCAGCUGAAGCAGGAAGCAUGGGCCGAGCCAAGACCAAGAAACCCCGGCAGGAUAGCAUGACUCCGGCAGCUGAUAAGGCAAAACGUCGCACCGUGAUGGCAGCCGUCUUCACCACCAAGCCUACCCGGCAGAACGGGAGGGUUACAGGAGGCAUGGGCAAAGCAUUUACGGACAAGAACGGACAGAAAGAUCGCACCAUUCCAUCAGAUGACAAGCCAUUGAAUAUCGUGAUGCUGGUAUUUGUCUCCGUAAUAGGCACUUUCGUCACUGUGGGAGUUGCGGACAGGGUGUUGGCCCGUUUCAAGAAGUGGUACGAGAAGCGACAAGAGCAGCGGCAAAACGCACACGGCUACGCCGCAGGCGCGAUCGGAGGCAUACCGCUGCAGAACCUCCAGCCACCGGCCGCAGCCCCCUCGUCUGGAAACCCUGCUGUACCUCCUCAACACGCGCAAGAUGACAUCCCGGACGACGCAUCCAUUACUCCGUAUGCGGAAACGUCGCGUCUGGAAAACCCCAUGUAUGGCGCAGACGUGACGGGGCCUAGAGGUGCGACAUCGGCGUCCCCAGACCCUCGUCCCGGACCCAACCGGCCCGCCAACUCCAAGGCCACGUCACAGCCAGGGGGCUCGGGCACAACUUGGGCCCCAGUUCCACCUCCGCGGUCCGACAUGCAAGACAACGCCGCCAGCGACUCUCACUACUACCCACCAGCCGGCGCGGACACGACUCGUGCACGGGACGUUCCGGCGCCGCUGCCCCGGACCAACAGGCACGUCAACUCUAACGUGUCGGCACAACCACGAAGACUGGCAGAGAGGAUCCCGGACCCACUUCCAAGGACCCACACCUACAUCAACUCUAACGUCUCGGUGCGACCGAAACGCAUGGGAAUGGCUUCAAAGUCACGACACCACGACAACCUUGGGGCUUCCUACGACCCGCAAGGCUUGAGGAUGGACGAAGAAGAGAAAGUCGAAGGUCCCAACCUGUACCUUGACCUGAACGGCCCACCACGCCACUCUGACUCGCAGAUGGCUCAACCAGAAGACGUCCCGCCCCCGCUUCCCCGGACCAACAGAUACGUCAACUCUAACGUCGCAGCUGCACGACCGAAAAGUUUGGGGACUGGCUACUGUGCGAAGAAACCGAAGUGCCUCCUACGACAACCGCAGGGCCUUCCAUGUCAGCCGCAGGGCCUCUUACGACAACCUACGUAGGUCCUCCUACGACAAUCGUGGUGCCUCCUACGACAAGCGUGGGGACUCCUACGACACCCAUGGAACCUCCUGCGACCCACAAGGCUUGAGGAUGGACGAAGAAGAAAACGUCGAAGGUCACAACCUGUACCUUGACCUGAACGGCCCACCAUACCACUCUAGAUCUGGCUCGGAGAUACCUGAAGCAGAAGACGUCCCUGACCCUCUCCCAAGGACCAACAGAUACGUCAACUCUAACGUCGCAGCACAACUGCGACGCUCCCAGAUGCCAACACAAAUGCGACCAACCGGACCCUCUUCGCACUCCCAAGGC